GAAUACUACAGCGUUUUUUGGUUGUAAAUUGUAGCUUCGUUCAUGUCCGAGUGUCUGUGUACGUGAUAGUUUCGAUUGGGGAAAACAAUUGUAUAAAGCCUACAUUCAGAUUCAAUCCAACCUCUCUCCUAUUCGCAAAAUUCGAUAAAAAGAUAUUUUUAAUUGUUCCAUUUAGAAAGAAACUGUUUUCCUGGCGGCGUAUACAAUCUAAUUCAAUUUGUUUUCUCCAUCUACCCAAGGAAACUUCUGAGCUGAUAAACUUGGGGGGUGCUCGAAGUUAUUACAGUUAUUUUCAUCCAUUUCUGGAAUUUGUGACGGGUGUGAUGAAUAGUACGAAUUUGAUGAGUUGAUCUGAGAGUAAUUGAGGGAUUGAGUAAAAGGAAAAUGGCGGGACAGGGUCCAAAUAUGGAGCAAUUCGAAGCAUACUUUCAAAGAGCAGAUUUGGAUCGGGAUGGUCGGAUCAGUGGAGCUGAAGCUGUUUCUUUUCUCCAAGGUUCAAAUCUACCGAAACAGGUUCUAGCUCAGGUAUGGAUGCAUGCUGAUCAAAGCCAUAGUGGCUUCCUUAGUCGCGGGGAGUUUUAUAAUGCUCUGAAACUAGUGACAGUGGCACAGAGCAAGCGAGAGUUAACGCCAGACAUUGUCAAGGCAGCCUUGUUUGGUCCUGCUUCAGCCAAAAUCCCAGCGCCACAAAUAAAUGUUGCAGCCAUACCUGCACCCCAGUCAAAUUUUAUUGGUUCUGCACGGCCUGCACCUGCACCUGCACGGCCUGCACCUGCACCUGCAACACAGUUACAUUCAGUUGGCGCUGCAACUACAUCACAGUCACAUUCAUUUGGCGCUGCACCUGCACAACAUAUGAGAAUGGUUGCACCUCAGAUGGGUGCUCUUGCUCCAACUGCUUCUCAAAAUCUCGGGUUCAGAGGGCAGACACCACAGAGCCAGCAGUACCUCCCAUCUCAAGGUAGCCAUCUGAUGAGGCCUCCUCUUCCCGUGACUUCUGGUGUUACAUUUCAACCUCAGCAUGGUGCUGCUGCUGCGAAUUUCCCUAAGGGCGGUGGAGCAGCUACUUCCAGCCCUUUGACCCUGCAUGAUGCUUUUGCCGGGGUCACCAGUGGACCAACUACACAUACACCUGAUAGAGGAAUUACUCAAUCAAGUACUCUAGUUGCAUCAAGAUCUCUGGACUCACUGUCAACUUCUGCCUCGACAGCAGCCAAGGAUCCUAAUGGUUUAGUGACCCAUCGGGACAAGAAUGCUUCUGACUCAAUGUUAGGAGGAGAAUCCUUUUCUGUAUCUAAAAAUUUGCAUAGACAGGGUUCUGAUCCUACCUUUUCAGCAACUAGUGCACUUGUGUCCACUACUGUGGGUCAUGUUACUCAAGCGCCAUUGUCUUCUGGUAAGGCUGACCCUUUUGAGGCAUUGCAAAGUACUUUUGCCAGGCCAUCUACUGGUAGUCAGCCACAGUCGACACAAACAACACCAAAAAAUAGUCAACAACAUUCUGUUCAAUCAAUAUUGCCACCUUCAUCAUCUGUAACUCCAGCAGGUGCUUCGAGUUCUACACCAGAGCAGCCACAUGCUUCUUGGCCAAAAAUGACUCGGCCUGGUGUUCAGAAGUAUGCAAAAGUGUUCAUGGAAGUGGACACCGAUAGGGAUGGAAGAAUCACUGGGGAACAGGCACGAAAUUUGUUUUUGAGCUGGAGGUUGCCAAGAGAGGUCUUAAAGCAGGUAUGGGAUUUGGCUGAUCAAGAUAAUGAUAGCAUGUUAUCUUUGAGGGAGUUCUGCAUUGCUCUCUAUUUGAUGGAGCGAUACAGAGAAGGUCGGUCCAUUCCCUCAACACUUCCUAAUAGUGUAUUACUUGAUGAGACUCUGAUAUCCUUAGCCGGUCCUCCAAGUGUUUCUUAUGGAACUGCUGGCUGGGGGCAAACACCUGGCAUGAGACCUCAUCAAGCGUUGCCUGGUCCACAGCCAAACUUACACACUGGUCUAAGGCCCCAGAUGCAGAACGUGACUUCCCAGCCUCACGGACCACUGGAUAUCGAUAAGCAAAAUGGUAAACCUUUAUCCACACAGAAUUCUAUUCCACAUCAGUUAAGCAAUGGGGAGGAGCAGAACACAUUAGAGUCGAAAGGGGAAGCGGAAGGAGAUAAUAAGGUCGAAGAUAAGGAGAAGGUGAUAUUGGAUUCCAGGGAGAAAUUGGAAUACUAUAGGACAAAAAUGCAGGACCUUGUUCUUUACAAGAGUAGAUGUGAUAACCGCCUCAAUGAGAUAAUGGAAAGGGCUUUAGCUGAUAAACGAGAGGCCGAGUUGCUCCAAAAGAAAUAUGAAGAGAAGUACAAGCAAGUUGCUGAAGUCGCUUCUAAAUUAACUAUUGAAGAAGCUUCUUUUCGUGACAUCCAGGAAAGGAAGCUUGAAUUACAACAAGCGAUCAUGAAAAUGGAACAAGGUGGCAGUGCAGAUGGUAUUCUUCAGGUUCGCGCGGACCGCAUUCAAUCUGAUCUCGAGGAGCUUUUGAAGGCUUUGAUGGAAUGUUGUAAGAAACAUGGUGUGGACAUGAAGUCCGUUGCAUUAAUUGAACUUCCCCGUGGUUGGCAGCCAGGUAUUCCAGAAAUAUCAGCUGUUUGGGAUGAAGAAUGGGACAAAUUUGAAGACGAAGGAGUUAUGUUUGAUGUUGCUUUGCCUGCAAGUGCCAAAUCAGCAUCACAUCAGACAGAGAGUUCUCCAUCUCCAAGUUACUCCCCGAACUCCAUAAAUGCUGAGGCCAAGUCAGAAAGUCAUUUCAGUCAGGGAUUUAGCACCUUUGAAACAGAAUCAGCAUAUGCACACAGCGAGGAUGAGUCUAAAAGCCCCCAGGGCAGUCCUGCCGGUGAAAGAGCAUUUCAAAGCCCCUCCAAGGAACUCUCUGAUGAUCAUAUUGGGAGUUUCGAGACAGAUGCUGAAACAAAUCGAAGCUUUGAAGACUCUGCUUUGGGUAACUUCGACAAUAAUGAUGAUUUGGAUUCCGUAUGGGGCUUCAGUGCUAAGGAAGACUCUGAUCAUGAUAAGCAUGGGGAGAGCUAUUUCUUUGGAUCCGGUGGUUUUGGCGAAAGUCCAGUGAGAUCCCCAGCUGCUGCAGGGAGUUCUGCAUAUGGGAAAAAUAGCCCAUUUGCCUUCGAUGACUCUGUCCCUGGGUCUCCACUUUCAAGAGCUGGGAAUUCACCGCGGUAUAGUACUGGAUCAGGGGACCCUUUCGAGAGUUUCUCUAGGUUCGAUUCCUUCCGCACUAAUGAUCACAGCUCUUCUCCCCGAGGAGAAACUCUCACGAGGUUUGACUCCAUGAACAGCAUAAGUGUUGGUGACGAACAUAGUAGAGGGUUCUCUUAUGAUGAUUCUGACCCGUUUGGGUCUAGUGGUCCAUUUAAGGUCUCAGCUACGAGUCAAACCCCUAAGAAAAGUUCCGAUAAUUGGAGUGCUUUCUAGUUUAUGAUUUUUGUGCCUAGACUAUUUUUUCCCGCACAGCCUUGACAUAUGUGUUGCUGACAAUGAAUCGCGUGGCAUUUUUUGUUGUUGUAUACAAGAGUGUGAUAACAGUGGAGAGUGUAAAUUCGUGCCAUGCAAUUUCAUUGCUUUCCACUUUUUAGGAACAAUUUUUUAUCCCCCCCCCACUCCCCUCCAUUGUUGGGGUAAAAAACUAGUCAAAAAAUACUUAUACAGAACAUAAAUUUGGUGACCUACGGCCCUGCCUUGGCUUUUACACGACGUGUUUCUCAAAGGCUUCUUGUUCUUGUGUAUUCAUAAAGUUUUAUGUUCAUAAAUUUGUUGUUUUUACUGAAAA